GUCACGUGAUUUAUAGAUUUAGUAAAAACGCUUGCUGCGUAGAUAUGUUCAAAGUAAUAUUAGUGAAGUACAAAAAAUAAGAAUAAAAAUAGUUAAUAAUUUUAUGCUUUCUGAGUAACAAAAAUAUUAAAUAUUAAUCUAAACGCUAGUAAACAUUUUUGAUAACGCUUGAAUCUAAAGUACUAAUUGUUAAUUAAUGUUAUAAGUGUGUUAAUUUUUUUAAUACAGUAGGUAUCAAAUAACCUAGAAAGUAGUUUAAAUGUAAUACGUAAGGAAAGGAAUAAACUAAAUUGAUAACAAUGACGGACACUGUUUAUAAAUAUAUGAAAACACAAAACAGACCUUAUAGUAUUAAUGACUUAGUUUCAAAUCUUCAUAACGAAUAUGGCAAAACAGCUGUACAAAAAGCUAUAGAUAAAUUGGUUGCUGAAGGAAAGAUAUUUGAAAAAGUUUAUGGAAAACAGAAGAUCUAUUGUCCAGUGCAGGAUACAUCUCACGAUAUGGAUGAAUUAAUGAGGAUGAACAGAGAAUUACAAAGUCAUGCUAAUGAAGUUGAAGGCAAGUAUCAAGAGCUUCAAGAAGAAAUUAAAGUACAGGAGGCUUUAUUGUUAUCUAUAAAGUCCUCCAUUACAAUCGAAGAAGCAAAGAAACAGAAAGUUAAGCUUAAAGAAAGAAUUGAAGUAUUGACAAAUAAAUUGGAUGGACUAAUGGAAGCAAGUGGUACUGAAGAUUUAACUGAAACCAAAAGAAAAGCAGAGGAAGCACUAAAUGAAUAUUCACGUGAAUAUUCAAAACGGAAACGCCUAUGCACUGAUAUUUUAGAUUGUAUAUUGGAUAACUAUCCUAGUAGUAAAACAGAGUUAUACGAGGAAAUAGGAAUAGAUCUAAAAAUUGUUUAAUGACACGUGUGUUAUAAAUUCUUUAAUGUAAUAAAAUAUAAAUUGUACUUAA